CUGUCUUUCCUUCUGGGUUUCUGUCUCUGCUUGACUGUCUCUCUAUCUGUCUGCCUGUCUAACCCUAACCCCUCUGUCCCCCUCUCCCUCACAGGAUGGAUCACUUUCGUUAUGGAUUAUUGAUGAUUGUCUUUAUGAUACCGAUUCACUGUUUACACAUCAGUGACGACACAGAUUUCCUCCACCAGAUGUUGUCGGAGUUCGAUGUAGUUCGUCCAAUCCGGACCAACUCAGAGGGGCGUUUCCUGCCGGCUACUGUCUCCGGGCUUCACCUACCUCGCAGGAAAAGACACUACGCCUCACCACGCCCCCCCAGGCUGGAGGGGACGGAGCUGUUCUACAACGUGACGGUGUUCGGUCAGGAGCUGCACCUUCGUCUGCGACCUAACGGUCGACUCGUCGCCCCCACCGCCAUCAUGGAGUGGUGGGAGGAGUCAGGACACAAAACCUCUCAGCCGAUAAGAGACACCGACUGCCUUUACACAGGAGAGGUGUCCAACAUGGAGGAUGCAUCCAUCGCCAUCAGCAACUGUGACGGGUUGGCCGGAGUGAUCAGGACGAGUCAGGAGGAGUUCUUCAUCGAGCCAUUGAAUCCAUGGAGGACGAGAGGCAAGGAGGAGGAGGAGAAAGGAGAUCGACCACACAUAGUCUAUCGCUCAUCGGCCGUUAUCAAGAAUCAAUCGGCUAUCAAUCAAACAGCUCACGACUUCGUCCGAGGUCCUCUUUUAGGUUCUCUGGACUGGAACCAGACUAUGAAGUCACCAGGAUCAGCUCGACGGAAACGCUACAUUGAAGAGGCUGAACUGUUUAACAUAGAGGUGUUGUUGGCUGUGGAUUAUUCUGUUCUUCUUUUCCAUGGCCGAGACCACAUCCAGAAAUACCUUCUGACGCUCAUGAACAUAUUGAAUGAGAUCUAUCAGGAUCAUUCUCUGGGUGCCAACAUCAACGUUGUUCUGGUCAGGAUCAUCAUGUUGUCUCCAUCCAAGUCUCAGGAACUGAUUUCUGUGGGGAACCCCCAGAAGAGCUUGGAGAACGUCUGUGGAUGGUCGUACCUCCAACACCGCGAGCAGAACGACGCAGAGCAGCACGACCACACCAUCUAUCUGACCAGGCAGGAGUUUGGCCCCUCUGGCAUGCAGGGUUACGCUCCGGUUGAAGGGAUGUGUCAGCUGCAUCGGAGCUGCGUCCUGGUCUUUGAAGACGGGUUUUCUUCAGCCUUUGUAGCUGCUCAUGAAACAGGACAUGUGUUAGGGAUGCAGCAUGAUGGUGAGGCCAAUGACUGUGCUGACGACGUGCCUAUGGGCAGCAUCAUGUCCCCCCGGGUUCAGGCCACCUUCCAACGGUACCACUGGUCCCGCUGCAGCUGGAGGGAGUUGCACCAGCACCUACAAACCUAUGACUGUCUCCGAGAUGACCCUUUCAACCAUGAUUGGCCUGCUCAGCCUCCGUUGCCGGGGUUUCAGUACUCGAUGGACCAACAGUGUCGCUUUGACUUUGGACCAGGAUACAGCCUCUGUACCGUAUGUCUGCCUGUCUAUCUGUCUAUGGGUCUGUCUGCUUUUUAUUUUUCUUCGGUCCUAAGCUUGUGGCUAUGCUUGGCCUUUUUAGGCAAAGAUCUUUAUUGCCUCUGUCUCUCUCUAGUCAUUGAACCUGUCUGUCGGUCUUUCUGCCCCAAGUAUGCAACCCAUGACCCCUGUAAGCAGCUGUUGUGCAGUGAAUACAACAACCCCUUCCACUGUAAGACAAAGAAAGGGCCACCGCUGGACGGAACAAAAUGUGGCCCAGGGAAGCACUGUUUUAAAGGUUUCUGCCUGAAACUGACCCCAGACAUGCUGAGACAAGAUGGAGGCUGGGGGGCAUGGAGUCCCUUCGGCGUCUGCUCCCGGACCUGUGGGGGCGGGGUCAGGUUUCGGGCCCGGCGCUGCGACAGUCCAGCUCCAGCCAACGGGGGCCGCACCUGCUUUGGGAACAGCUAUGAGUUCCAGAUGUGCAGCCAGGGAGAGUGUCCACCUCUGACUGACUUCAGAGAGGAUCAGUGUAAAUUAUGGAAUCCAUUUCUGGAACAUGAAGGAAGGAAACAUCACUGGCUGCCGUACCAACACCCUGACCCUGACGAGCGCUGCAUACUGCACUGUCAGUCCAAGGAAACAGCGGCGGUGGUGUCCAUCAAUAGAAUGGUGCAUGAUGGGACGCCGUGCUCCUACGGCGAUGCCCACAGCGUCUGCGUCCGAGGAGAGUGUGAGCAUGUGGGUUGUGAUGGGCAGAUUGCCUCGGAUAAGCAGGAGGAUCGAUGUGGAGUCUGUGGAGGAGAUAACUCCAGCUGUAAGAUCAUCAAAGGCAACUUCACCCGCAGCACCAAGAAACAAGGUUACCUGAAGAUCCUGGAGAUCCCCAAAGGAGCCCGACAUCUGCUGAUUCAGGAGUUUAAAGGAACUCCUCACAUCCUUGCGCUGACGAAUCAGGAGACAGGCGAGCUCUUCCUCAACAGUGAGGACAAGGUCCCUGCCUCCCGGGUAGUGAUCCAGAGGGGCGUGUUCUGGGAGUACAAGAACACUGAGGAGCAGGAGUCUGUGCAGACCACAGGGCCGCUGACUUAUGAUGUCCUGCUCCUGGUCCGUUCCCAUGGAGACUCCAAGCUGACGGUGUCCUAUAAGUACAUCAUCCAGGAUGGUCUCCGCUCCUUGCUGGAGUCCAACCUGCUGCAAGACGACGGUGUCUUCUACGAGUGGGCGCUGAAGAAGUGGUCACACUGCUCCAAGCCCUGCGGAGGAGGAAAACAAUACACAAGGUUCGGCUGCAGGAGGAAAGCUGAUGGGAAGAUGGUGCAAAGGACUUUCUGCUCCAAGACAGGCAAACCGAGAGCCAUCAGCCGCAGCUGCAGCACCGACACCUGCAACUCCCCACGCUGGUUAACCGGUGAGUGGCAGGAUUGCAGCGCCACCUGUGGGCAGACAGGGUGGCAGCGCCGCUGGGUGUCCUGCCAGCAGACCUCUAGCAGGGGGCAGCACUCGGUGCCCAGCAAACUCUGUGGGGAGGAGCGGCCGGAGGGGAAACAGACCUGCAAUCGUUUUCCCUGUCCGGCGUCCUGGAGAGCUGGACCCUGGACCCCGUGUUCAGUAUCGUGUGGAAAUGGGACACAGGAGCGGCAAGUUGCAUGUUUGAGUCCUGAUGGUUCAGCACGUAACUGCAGCGAUUUUCCACCAAUCAAGACCCGGAAUUGCCACCCACCCCCCUGUAGCGGUGACCAGAAGAACGCAAUCAUUCAGUGGCUCUCCAGGUCCAACCCAGACUUCAGCGCUUCAAAGAUCUUCUCCAGUAAACCACCCUCAUUCCUUCUCCUCCUAAUUCAAAGAUCGACUGGCCAGCGCUGCCGUGGUGACCGCUCCGUGUUCUGCCGGAUGGAGGUGCUGAGUCGGUACUGCUCCAUUACCGGGUACCGCCAGAUGUGCUGCAAGUCCUGCAGCGAGGGAAACCUCAACAACCCCAUUGACUCCAGCAACUCCACCAAACACGGCAAAUCUGGCAACUGGGGCAACUCUGGCAAUUAUAGUACCUCAAGCGACUUGUUCCCACAGAGAACCACCAGCAGCGCCUGGAGUUCAAGCACGGAGGCGAUGACAUCACCAAUGACAUCAUCGCCCACCCCUUCCUGGUCUGACAACGCUUACAUUACCAGUGAGGUCAUCAGCAGGCCGACCCCCAGCCUCCCGGGGACUCCGCCCCUGACCAGCGGAAGCGGAGCAGACUUUGUGUACGUGGAGUACAACGACUACAACGAGUACUACGAAGAUCCUUCUAUUCCCUCAGACACAACUACUAGUACUACCGCUUGUACUACUAGUAGUACUCCUACCACCACUACUACAAGGAAACCAAGAAGAAAUGCUCCCCCACAUUUAUUCAAGAGAACAACUCCCACAAUGCCUCCAGCUACCGCCUUCGUGGUAAUUGCUGGGAGUCAAAGUGCAACCGCACCCCCCCCCACAACCCCGUCCACUGAUCCCAAUGACGUUUUCACGGUGACGUUGGGAGGGAGGAGCCUCCGAACGGGGGCAAAGCCUUUGCAGACGUCGUCCUCCUUCUUCCCGCUCUCCAAGAGGGAGAACUCUGUGGACGUGGUCCCAUACCGGAUUGUGGGACUGGACCAUGACACCACCGGUGAAAUCAACAGUGACGUCAACAGUGACGCCACUGAUGUCAUCAACGGUGACGUCACUGGAGAAAAGCAGAGCUAUUUUGUGCCGCGGAUGCCUCCCAUCCGCGAGCGGACACAGAACAAACGGAUCCAGCAGCUUCUGAACGAGAAGCGACGGAAGGACGUCGCGAAGCGAGCCGGCGGGACGAGAGGAGGGCAAACAAGAUUAUAAAAACACACGUGAUGACACAUGCUCACUUUAUGCUAAAACUAACCACCUGUUAACGAGAAGACGGACCACAGAGCCAAAUGGACAACCAGAACAUUCAUGAUGUAACAGACUAUCCUUUUUUCAAAUAAAGCUAAGUCUCAUCCAGCCGAUGAUGUCAUCGUGACUCGUGUUAAAUUGGCAGUUUAACCGUUCAGUCACAUGUUCAGAUCAAUACUGCCUCUCAUGUCUGUACAACAGUCAGUUAGCUGAGCUAACAGAAGGACUGGAAAAAGAGGGAAUCCACUAGUUUAGAUUCACCUAAAUUAAGGUGAGGAAAAAAGCUAUUAUAGCUUAGCAUGAAGACUGGAAGUAGAGGGAAAUGAGGAAACAACUAGUUUAGCGUAAUAUACAAACCAUAAAAAGAGGGAACGGCCAGCUAUGCUUUGCAUAAAGACAGGAUACAGCUAGUUUUAGUUACCAUAAAGGCUGGAGCCGAGGCAGCUAGCCUGUCUCUGUUUUAAGGUAACAACUGUAAUACUUUGCAUAUUUUAUCUAUUUUGCAUCAUCUGAACAAAAAAUGUUGAGACAAAUAUAAUUAACUGGUCUUAACUAGUAAAUAAUCCAUUAAUUAAAGGCUAUAAAACAGAAGUGACUUUUGCAUUGUUUCAAUUAUCUCAGCAGCUGUUGGUCUGUUUAACAUCAAACUGACUCCAGAUCAUUACAUUAAGUCACAGCAGGUUAUGGAUUCCUGUCCAUCAGUGGAAACCGCUGACGGCUUUUUUAAAUUAAUGUAAAUAUGUAAAUUGUGAUUUUUUGUGAAAAUAAAAAAACAAUAUAAUUUGAUAAA